AUGGCCGCCGCCGCGCUCCUCCUCUCGCCGCGGCUUGUGUCGCUCCCACCUCACCCGAGCCUCGCCCCCGGCUGCACCAAGAGACCAACGUCUUACCCCCUCGGCCGCCGCGGCGCGAGGCUCUGGGUCGUCGGGGAUGGGUCCGGCGCGGGGCUGACCCCCGACCGGACCACGGUCUACAACGGCGCCUACGGGCCCUGGACCGUGGAGGACUCCGACGUCCGCGAGGUGCUGCUUUACCGGUCGGGGCUGGUGACGGCGGCGGCGUCCUUCGUGGCCGCGGCCUCCGCGGCGUUCCUGCCGGAGGGCAACCCCGCCGCCGGCGCCGGCGCGGACGACCUCCUGUACGCCGCCGGCGCCUCGGGGCUGGGCCUGUCGCUGCUCCUCAUCCACAUCUACGUUACCCCGAUCAAGCGCUUCCUCCAGGCGCUGUGGGCCGUCGGGGUGCUCGGCUCCGUCGGGACCUACCUCGUCGCCGCCCGCCCGCUGGACGAGGGCCUCGUGCAGUACGUGCUGGACCACCCCGCUGCGCUGUGGUUCGUCGGCCCCACGUUUGCCGCGCUCACUGGCCUCGUCUUCAAGGAAGGUCUCUGCUAUGGAAAAUUGGAAGCUGGCAUCUUAACGUUUGUUAUCCCUGGUCUUCUUCUUGGACAUUUGUCUGGUUUAAUGGAUAACGGCACAAAGACAACCCUUUUAGGAGUGUGGAUGCUUCUUUUCACGGUUUUUGCAGCUAGAAAGUUUCAGCAGCCCAUCAAGGACGACAUUGGGGACAAAUCUGUUUUCAUGUUCAACGCACUCCCUGAAGAGGAAAAGAACGCUUUGAUCCAGAAACUCGAGAGGCAAAAGGCACAGCAGCAGUUUGAGUAG